GCCCCUUAGGAGUAUGAAAGAUUAAAUGUUGCAAGGAAUAGGAUAAUUAUCAUAGAAAACAAAGGAAAUGUGAUCAUUACCAAAAUUAAUUUGAGAUUUAAGCAAUACCCACAAGAUAAUCAUGAAAUCGCAUGAUGAUAGAAUAGGAUAAUCAACUCACAUUACGACCUUUCCAAACUUGAUACAGCCUCUUGGUCUUGGGAGGAGGAAGGGAGUUCGGGGUAUCGCUUCCGCUCAUCAUCAUUAAUUGUUGAAGAUGGUUAUCAACCCAUUCAGAUUCAGACUUGAAUUCAAACCGGAUAGAGGAAAUUUGUUGUUUAAAGAAGAGGGGGAGAUCGAUAGGGGGAGUUUAUGUUUUGUUACGGAUGAACAAACCCUCCCUCUCUCUCCCUCUCUCUCUAAAUCUCUGUGUAUUAAACUAUGAUAUGUUAUGCUUUCUCUUUCAAUAUCUUCUCUGUUUUUACGAUCAACAGCUGCGGCCCCUGCCCCGGCUCUCCUCCUCUCUCUGAUUAGAAUUGCUGAAACCCAAAUCGUUUUGGUAUCUCUCUUUCUCUCCAUCUUGUCACCGAUAGAAUCGGAGGGUUCCAAAAUCCCAAAUAAUUUGUGCUAAAUUUUCGUGGGUAUAUGAGAUGCAUAUCACAUUUUCGGAUAAAAUAAUCAAAUGGGAAUCCUUACUAUUUUUCAAUGCGACCAUAAGAUACCAUGUCCAUUUCCGUUUCACUGACCCUUUGAUGAUCCAAAUUAAUCAGGACCCAUCUUGGUGGUGAAACGGCAACUCAACCUCUACAAUUGGCACUCGCACCAUGCCUCUGCAGAGUCUCAAGAGAAUCUUACGCAUAUGGAGUUUGUGAACUGAACAGUGAACACGGGUUAUGGCGAGGGAAAAUAAUGUAUGUAAAGUUACCCGCGGGAAUGUCGCUACAAAAAUUGGAACAUUCGCCAUACCAGCUUUGUUGGCCGAGUAAGGACAAAUGACAGUGAAGAAGGUUUGAAGGUAUAAGCUGUAUAUGUGAUGUUGUUGCCACCUAUUUUCUGGGUAAAUCCGUCCAAAUUCAAAUCCUAAUUCCUGGCUUUUCGUCUCCUUUCGUUCGUUGCGAUUCUUUUUCAUCAUUCUCAUGGGUUUUGAGUUGAUCAGAACAAAAUCAAUCAGUUUCCAAAACUCUAAAUCCAAAUUCUUAGUCUAAAAAGCUGAUGGCAGAAGAGAAGAAGAACCCAAAAAGACAAUAUCAGCUCUGGAAAGGAAGCAAUAAAUUUUUAUGUGGAGGAAGAUUGAUCUUCGGUCCAGAUGUUGCUUCUUUGUGUUUCUCCGUGCUCCUAGUUGCAGGCCCUGCUGUAUCAUUCUGUAUUAAAGUCUACACCAUCAUCAACCACAAUAAACAACACCACAAUGAUCCUGGUUAUUAUUGGUAUGGAGUGUUGAUUCUAGCAGCAGCCCUCACUUGUUUAGAUAUAACAUUUCUUUUGAUGACAUCCGGAAGAGACCCUGGUAUAGUCCCACGAAACACAUCACCACCUGACACAGAUGAAGGAUUUGACAUGAACACCCCUUCAAUGGAGUGGAUCAAUGGAAGAACACCUCACUUGAGAUUACCUAGAACCAGAGAUGUCCUUGUGAAUGGUCACACAGUCAAAGUCAAAUACUGUGAUACUUGUAUGCUCUAUCGUCCUCCAAGAGCUUCACAUUGCUCUGUCUGCAACAACUGUGUUCAAAGAUUUGAUCAUCACUGUCCAUGGGUUGGUCAAUGCAUUGGACUACGUAACUAUCGGUUCUUUUACAUGUUUAUCUCAACAUCAACCAUCUUGUGCCUAUAUGUGUUCAUAUUUUCAUGGGUCAACAUAGCUCAACAAGGAGACCACAUAUUGAAGGCUAUGUCACAGGACAUUUUAUCAGAUUUUCUCAUAGUUUACUGCUUCAUUGCAGUUUGGUUUGUGGGGGGGCUUACAAUCUUCCACUUCUAUCUUAUUUGCUCAAACCAGACAACAUAUGAAAACUUCAGAUACCGAUAUGAUAAGAAGGAUAAUCCAUAUCACAAAGGUGUAAAACAGAAUCUUGUACAAGUCUUUCUUUCACCAAUUCCUCCUUCUCUUAUUGAUUUCCGGGGAUAUAUUCAAGAAGAUGACAGUAUAGUGAUGGAUCCUACAAGUCCAAAUCUUGGAGGUACUUCAAAGGAAAAAAUUGACAUUGAAAUGGGAAGUAGUUUUGCAGAAGCAAGUGGUAUUUCGCUUCCUGAAAUUCUACAGCAUUUGCAUUAUGAGGAGUUAGAAGAGAGCAUGAGAAGUAAGGAGGGGAAUGGAAUAGCGGAUUCCCUUCCAUCUCCCUUCCUUUUUGAGGCAAAUGAUGUGGUUGUAGAAAGAAGGAAGUCUCGUAUUGAAAUAGAGGAGAAGUGUGAUGAUGGAAUUAUUACUCCUCAAACUCACAUUGGUCAUCAAGUAUAGAGGCAACAAAUAUCCUGUUUCUUCAUCAAUAUAUAAAUUGAUACUAAGAAACUAAAACUCCUGAAACUUUUACACUGUUUUCAUACAUCUUGCAGGUUUGACAUUCAAACUAUUUUUUGGCAUCAUUGAUCUAUUAUGUUUUUUGCGUUUGAAAUGGCAAUGUCAUCCUUCCCAACAUAAGUGCAGAAUCCUGCCAAUUUAUAUGUUGAAUUCAAUCUUGUUGUAAAUUCUGGAUGUAAUCAAGAACUCCCACAACAAAUGAAGAACAUGAUUCUUGUUAGUGAAAUAAUCAAGAACUGGUUUAGUAGUUUGAUUUUCAAUUCCUUUUAUUUUUGUUGUCAACUUUCUCAAUGUUGUAGAACUCGUUAGGUGUUAUUCAGUCGGUCUUUCAAAAUUACAAUGGUG